AUACUUUAAAAAAAAUUAUUUUAAUGCCAGCGGAUGGAUAGUUUUGGUUAAUAUUCUUCAAAUUCAUCCAAUUUUGCGUUAAAUUUAUUAUUAGUGAAUUCAAAUAUAAAUAAGUUUUAUUGGUGGCGAGUGACAUUCAUGUUUUGUGAUUAUUACGUCCCACAAAGAGCCGUGAAAAUUUGUUAGACCUCCCGUUGAGCACAGCAUUUAAUCUGACACUUUUAACGACGCCAUGUUUGUCACGUUUUUGCCAGUUAUGAAUAAAUUUAGUCAGAAAUUAGAUCUUUAAUACGAUACAUUGAAAGUAUUCAUCAGUGCUGUAAGUUGAUAAAAAAUGAGUAUGGUGUUUUCAAGAAGCAAGGAAAAGAGAACGCGUUCUUCUACUGGCAAUUCUAACAGCUCAUUCGUGAAAAAUGUGACAGCAAGAAUGUCAGGCUUAUUGCCAAGUACCAUUACUAAAUGGUUUAGUAGUCCUAGUACGUCAAAUGCUAAUGGAGCAACACCAACAGCUGAUGUCACAGACUCUUCCACUGAAGAUGAAUCACCAGAAAGUCCUGUCAGCACUCAGCCUCCAGCAAAACGCAUGCGAUUUAGUACUCCUGGAAAAUACAAUCAAUUUGGUUCUGCAGAUGGGAAUUCUGUGCUGACUACAGUUGAAGCCAAUUCACAAUGCUCCUCAACCUUUAGCAUUAUACAGUCAACACCUGGGCGAAAUACAUUUCGACAAAAUACUAACUUUAUGUCGCCACAGACUUCUAGUACAAUUCGUUCCAUAGAUGAUUCCAAUGUGGAUAGAAAGGAUACAAGUUCUUCCUCAGUAUUUAAAAAACAGCACACACUUUCAACAAUUGGUCAUUCUGUAGCUGUGAAGAGGAAAUCUAUAUUUGAAUUAUCUACUAAUAAUAGUGAGACUGCACAAGCAAAUUCUAUGAAAACUGUCCAUAAAGAUAGAAAUCCAUCAUUCAAAGCUAGUCUCCUUGGUUCGCCUUUUUACUCAGGACGAACCGUGUAUGGGGGUGCUUCUUCAUCCUACAUGAAUCAGCCCAAUAUUAAACAAAGAAAAGUCGCUCAUAUAAAUGAAUCUCCAGCUAAUGAGACAGUAACAAUGAGUAAUUCUGCGAGAAAGAUAAUGGACCUUCUUGAACAAUAUUCCUCUCCAUUGGCGGAAGCGAAAAGAAUCCCACGAUAUCAGAAGUCACCUAGAAAUGAGAGUAUAAAUAGUACCGCAAAUACAAUUAAACCAGCUGCCUACCGAACUCAAGAACUGCACAUUCCAAGUAUAGCUUCAAUUUUACGAGUGAAACAGAAAUCUCGCUUAAUGGACUCAACAAGUGCUGCACGACAACUUAUUGCCUCACAUAGUAGUGCCGCGCCAGAGUUUAGCCCUUAUCCAACAACCAUUACACAAAAGGAAUUAGCUGUUAACGAACAAAACAGCAAUUUGACAACAAAAGUAAAGACUAGAUUAACAAGACCAAAUAGAGGCGAUAAGUUCGAUGAUGUUUUGACUCCAGUUCAACUGCCAACAGGAGUUUUGCAAAUUGAUAAAAAUAAUAUGCCUAAAUUUACCUUAGGCAAACCAUUUUCCUCAACGCCCAACUUAAUAUCUACAUCUACGCCUGCUGCAUCAGUGAACAAAUUGGUUGUAGCCCAAAAUACAAACCCCCUUUCUGGAACCACUACAAGUUCAUCUACAGCAUUUCUAAGUAAACCUGAUUUAGUAAUAAGUAGCACAGAAUUCAAAUUUUCAAGCCCUGUAAAAGUAACUACAGAGAAUUCAACACAAAGUGCCAUACUACCCAAAUUUACUUUCGGCAGUCCGGAACGCGGAGUAGAUAAAGUUAUUGCCAGCAAUAAGCAAAAUGACUUUCCUGUUGUAGGUGCAACAAAGGAAUCAUUUGCGCAGAAAAAUAUUGAAAGUUCCAAGGAUUCAGUUUCAGCUUGGUCUACAAAAGAGAAUUUCAUACAGAAAUCUACAGACAAGGACACCACCUGGAUAACAAAGGAAACUCCAGUACAGAAAGUUAAUAACAGUCUCAAAGACUCAAAACCAGAGUGGAAAUGUGCUGAAUGUUGGGUACAAAACAAAGAAGAUGUUGACAAGUGUGUUUGUUGUGGGGUCACACGGCCGUCAAGUGUUGUUGGGAAAGUGACUAAGUGUUCUUGCAAGCUUAGUGACACACAAGCUCAUAUUGAUAAAUGUGAAACAUGUGAGAAAUCAGAAGCAGAUGCCAUCAGUAUAAAAAGUAAUGAGAUAACAUGGAAGUGUGAUGAUUGUCGGGCUUUGAAUGAAGCAAAUAUAGAAAAAUGUGUAUGCUGUGGCAGUGCCCAUUCUAACAAACUACCCGCACCAGUUGUAUCUGAGGCAAAUGAUAGUAGAAAAUGGAAAUGCAAUGACUGUUGGGUUAUGAAUAAAGGAACAGCAGUUAAAUGUGAAUGCUGUGGCAGUGCCAACACUAAUGAUACAAUUUCUGAAGUGCCCCCUGAAAAAAGAAAUCCAAGUAUUUCAGAUGGUGAUUGGAAAUGUGAUGACUGUUGGAUUACAAAUAAGAGCAGUGUAGAAAAAUGUGCUGCUUGUGGUGGAUCGAAGCCUGGCCUUAAAAAUAAUAAUUCCUCACUUUUGAAUGUUUCAGCAUCAACUAUAAAUCGUAAUGAUUUACUUUCCACUGUGAAUUCACAGAAAAAUCUGACAUGGGAAUGCCAAAGUUGUUUGGUUAGGAACAAUAAUGAGAAAACAUCGUGUGUCUGCUGCGGAGCUGAGCCAUCUAACAAUUCAGUUCCAGAGAAAAAAUCUUUUAAUUUCGGGAUUAAUCCAAAUACUUCAUUUAAGUUUGGCAUUAAUCCUGUUGAGCAACAAGUUAAUCUAGUUAAGAAAACUGAGGAAUCUAGUGCUGCUUUAAAGACAAAUCCAGAAGUUUCUGAAAGUAACACAUUGGAAAAAAUUCCAAUGUUUACAUUUACUUUGCCUUCUAAGAAAUCUGAAGAUAAAAUUGAUGAUGUUAAAGGAAAUAUUGACGCCACGAAAGUUAAGUUUUCAUUUGGAAUCCCAAAAGCUUCCACUGCAUCAGAAGUAGGAGCUGGCAAUUCUCAUGGAGAAAAAGACAAACAAGAAGAAGUGACAAAAGUAAAUGUCAAUACUUCAAUGUUUGAGAAUCCUAAAUUGGGAAAUGACUUGUUAAAGCCAAGUGAUAAUAAACCUGCGGUUGUAACUGCACUUCCAACAGUAUCUGUAAAUGAGAAUAAAAAUACAACUACUAAUUCUUUACACACACAAUCUGGAGAAAAAAGUGAAAAGGCACUGUUGAAUAAUACUUUCACAUUCUCGGCGGGCAGUAAAAAUAUUGUGACUAACAUGUUUAAGAGCCCGUCUACUGUGGCUACUACUUCAAUUUCCUUUGCUUUACCAGUACAAACGACAGUGAAAUCUACGGAGGCACCAGCAACUUCGUUAUUUCAACAAAAAGGAUUUAACACUCCAGCAUUCAAAACUGAUAGUAAUGCUUCUCUAUUCAAGAAGACUGAAACUGAAAAAUCACCCUUUCAAAAUUCAAUUGCUUCGCCUGUAUUCCAGAGUCCCACACCAAGUUCUACAUUAUUCCAAAAACCAGAAAAUAGCACAUCUUCUAUUAUGUUUCCCGCAAGUGAUGUUUCUGUAGCUUCCACUGUAUCAUUAUUUCAAAAUAGUGAUAAUAUAAUAACUACGACAUCCCAACCUGCUACGGCAAAUUCCCCCGUUUUUGGUUUUACUGCUAACUCUUUUAAACCAGCUUCGACUGCUGUAGAGAAACCCAAAUUCAACUUUACUUUGGGAAAAACUGAGAAUUUCACCUUCGAAAAUAAAUUUUCUCCUAUUGGAAACAACAGAAAUUCGACAAGUAGCUUUGCUUUACCUACAAGUACCAUAAUUCCUACUGUCAAUGGUCUAACUGGAAAUGCUUUAAGUGGUGGCAGCAAUAUGAUAGGUCCUAAUAAUGGCAAUACAAUUGGAAAUACUGUUAUGCCUGUUAGCAAUUCUAUAGGCAGUGAUGUACUUAAACCUCUAGGGUCGAGUGGUGCAUUACCCGGAAAUACAUUGGGAGGUGGAAAUGGAUUACCUGCUAGUAAUACAGUAUCAAGUGGAUUCUUUGGACAAUCAACUCAGAAUGAAAAUUUGUGGGGCACUUCAAACAACACUUCUAAUUUGUUUGCAGCAAGUACGACAGCUAAUCCUUUGCAAAAACCAGCUGCGUUUAAUUUUGGUGCGCCAUCAUCAUUAUCGCCAUUUAAUAAUAAUAAUACGAGUUCAGUAUUUGGCAGCAGUACGCAGUCGACGCAGAAUAUUUUCGGAAUUGCAACACAACAGAAUCCUGCUAGUCAACCAAAUCUCUUUCCUAGCCCAGCACAGAACCAAAACGCCCCCAAUAUCUUCGGUAGCCCUGUACCUCCUAGCAAUUCUGUGGGACUAUUUGGAACAGCAAAUGUCGGUUCUACACCAACUUUUGGAAACCAGAACCAAUCUAUGCCAUCUUUAACACCGGCACUGACACCAACCUUUAAUUUCGGCGCCUCACAAGCUCCAGGAGUUUUUGGAUUUGGACAGCAACAGCAGCCGCCUCAAUCUCUGCAACAGCCGCAACUUCCUCAACAACAGCAGCAGCAACAGCAGCAACAACAACAACAGCAACAACAACAACAGCAGCAACAGCAGCAGCAGCACCAGCAACAACUGCAACAGGGUCAAACUAGUGUGUAUAAUUUUGGAGGCAUGUCGGGUACCACGCCGCAGGUUCAAUUCAAGAUGGGCACUGCACCGACUCCUAACACAGCUGUACGUCGGGUGAGAAAGGCUAUCCGUCGAAACCCGCAACGAUGAGGAACGUCUGCGAUCCUUGACUGGGAUCGCAAUAUGGACUCUGAAAUGACUACCCCUAGUAAGUGUCCUCCUAAUGUUAGUUUUUGCAAACCAGUAAGGGUGCACAAGAAAUAAAAUAAGCUACAUCCUUUAUGGUUCGCGUUAUUUGUAAGCACCGAGUACAUAUACAAUAGAGAUAAAUUUUAUAUGACCACACCAAACUAUUACCCAAAAUAGGACAGAGAAAUUUACAAUGAAUUAUAAAAGCUACAUUUUUGUUUCUAGUGUACCACAAUGCCCCUAAAGCAAAAUUCUUCCAGAAUAACUGAAACAUUGGGUUUGUCCAGUGACAGUCCAGUGAGUGGGUGUGUCCAGAGUGUUUCCAGAGAUUUCUGAAUCUCCGUAAAUUUUUAGAUGAUAUGACAUGUUCUUCUUUAAGGGAGGCUUAGAAAGUAUUUAGCAGUAGAAAUUUGUUGGCUGAGUCUUAGGCAUUGUUGUCAGUAAACACUUACCAUUUAAAAUGAGGUGCAGGUUCAUCUCCCUUUGUAGAUGAAAUUAAAUAUGAUAUUAAAUAGUUAAAAAGAGUACCUGUAUUGUAACGAUAAGCCGAGAUAGAGUAAAGACUCAAAAAUGACGGUCCCGAACAAAAAUAAACAUCCUAUACUAUGUUCUUUAUUGCGUUUGAUGAGUGGACAAAGUCAAGGCACACCUGAUAACAGCGGUUAUCGUAGCCCAUAGACAUCUCAACUUGAAGACCGCCGCUCUUUGCUAUAAGGUUUUUUUUUGUUUUUUUUUAUUGCCCUAGCAGGCAGAUGAGCAUACGGUCCACCUGAUGGUAAGUGGUUACCGUCGCUCAUGGACGUCAGGAAUGCCAGGGCAGAGCCAAGCCGCUGUCUACCGCUAAAAGGAUGAAGUCUCUAUUGUGGUAUAUAACAGUAGUACAGGUAGAAGUAGACAAUAUGGUGGUACCUAGCCGUGCGGGGUCCAAUACGACUAUACAAGUAACCAAGCACUAUCCAGUACUAUCCAUUUUUUUGUAGGCAGCAGCUUGGCUGUACCUCUGGCAUUGAUGACGUCCAUGGGCGUUGGUGACCACUCACCAUCAGGUGGGCCGUAUGCUCGUCUGCCUACAAAGACAGCAAAAAAAAGGAAAUUCCCUUUUACUUAAGAUCUCUAGUUGUUAGUGUGCAAGUAAUUCCUUCUUACAAAUUACUCAGACUAAUUGAAUAUUAUAUUAUUACACUGGAGAAACCAGUUCCUGCUGCGCGGUAACUACACUACUAAAAGUACAAAAUAUAUUCAUUUCUUGAAAAUACUCAUAUCAUAUAUUGAUGGCACUACUUUAAAAGUUUUCCUUAAAUUCCAAUAAUAACUAUACUAAUUAAUAUCCUUAAACUAAUGAUAAAAUUGAACUUAUUCAGUAACUUUUUAUUACAAAUAAUAGUUUUUCAUUAAAGUAUGUAUCCAGUACAAUUUGUGCAGCACUGGUAUGAAUAUCUAGACCGAGUUUUGCUUUUUCAAUAGCACCACAAGUAAUCCUUAAAUAAGAAGAAUAAUUAAUGGAAGUUGCUAACUGUAAUUUUUGGGAAUAUAACAAAAUAAAUAUAUUAUUAUGUGACCUUAAAGAUUUUGUAAAUAAAUAUUUGAUGAGAUUCAAUUUUAUAACUGAUGUGCAGCUUUUUUGUAAUACUCAGCUUGGUAAAUUCUGUGAGAGACUAAAUAUUGUGUUUGACAAAUUCGCGAAGUUUGGAUAUCUACUGUUGGAGCCCCUUUCGCUUAUAAAGCCCCCUUUCUGUAUUCUGUGAUGGCACAUUUGCUCUGACGACUAUCGUUACGAUAACCUGUGGACUUUUUUUUCCAUAUGGUAAAUGUGUUUACAAAAGAAGACAUCCUAAUCAAAUUAAACCAGCUCAGAAGAAUUUCAUUUAUUCCUUCACUCUCAUUCAUUCAUUCAAGAUUAAGACGGGGUCUAUCUAUAGAUUUUUAUAGGAAUAUUACACUAAACAUAAACCAAGGCUUAAAAAAGGGUAUUUUGUGUUAGCCGAUGGUGUGGUCAGGGAUCUGGUGAAUACUGCUUUCCAUCCGCUAAGGAGAAGCUGCUCUUUUUUUUUCUGGGUCGUUGAGAAUUUGUACUUUAUUGAAUACGUGCUCGGUGUCCGAAUAAGCGAAUAGUUCUAUUAGAAUUAUACAUAAACCAUAGACUUGAAAUUUCAUUUUAUAAAAGCUGUUUAAUUUUUGUUGAUAAAAUAAAUUUGUAAGUUUUUAAUAUAAGUGUUUGUUUUACGUGUAACAAUUUGUUUUGUGUUAAAAUAAUAACUCUGUUUUUAUUGUUCAGACUGUGACUUAUUAUUAUUAUAUUAUAUGUCAUUAAAAUUUUUGUGAUGUAACUUAACCCUUUUAGUGCUGAGAUUAUUUUCACAUGUUUUGCCGAAAUUUCUGAAAAUAGUACAUUUAUUAAGUGUGCCGAGAAUUUAAUUCAAUGAAUCCUAAAUUCACACAAAUUAUUUUAAAUGGUUAUUUACAAAUGUUAAUAGCUUAUUAAAAACCUAUAAAUAUACGCGUUAAGAUACGCCCGUACAGGUCGAACCUAUAUUCAAACUGUACGAAACCACUAAUGGAGAGUCAAAUCUAUCGACAGUUCGCGCUCUAAGGGUUAAAAUAUAUUCAGGUACACAUUAUUUUACAAUUUAUUAUUUUUAUAAGAAUAUAUAUAGUUUUUUAGCAAUUGUAAGUAGUCUAAAUAUGUUUUUAUUGUAACACGAACAACAAAUAAUACUAUUGAUUUAUCGACUUGAGAAAUAUAUAUUAUAAAAUCUUCAUUUUAAUAAUCAUGCUUCGAUAUUAUUUUUCUUAAAUUGUUAACAGUCGCUUUUGUAUAAGAGCUUCAAAUUUUUUUUUAAUUCUUAGUAUAACCACCAUAAUGUAUUGUAAUGUUAACGUAGAAUUUAUGUACAAGAAAAACUAAGACAUGCAGAAAUGCUCAAAAAACCAUAAUGAAUUUCAAAUAAAAACGUUUUUAUCGAUCGACCGCACAGCCUAUUGCAAAUAUGAUACUAAAAUAAUCUAAGUGCAUGAGUAUUUUGUACUAAGUAUGGCAUUAAGAGACUUAUUCUCGGUGAUCAAAGACCGAUGUUACUGAUGCUAUUAAGACGUUUAAAAAGUGGUCAUCAUAAAACUUAGGUGAUGAAACAAUUAAAAAUCAGGUGAUACGUGAUACAUGGAAUCGAACGUUAUCGGAUUAAAGUGACAUUUUACGUGGCGAUCAUAGAAAAUGUGAACGCAUUGAAUAGACAAUAUUUGUAUUUAUUUACCUCUUUAAAUUUAUUGCAUUGGGUGGGUAGACUAAUUUUUGGAUCAUCCUGAAAAGUAGUCACGGAAUUCAUGGACAUUAUAAAUGUGAUAUCCGCCACAUAAACCGAAUAAAUCGAGACAGCUUUUCGUUUACGUUCUGAUCGCAUCGUCUUUUCGCAUUUAAAGUGUACAAUUUCCAAAAAUAUUCGAAUUUGAGUUAAUAUGGAGCGGAAUUAUUUAGUAUCAGCGGUAUUUUACUCAUAAAUACUGUCAAAAGAGCGUAGUUUAGUUUUAGUUUUUUUAGUUUACCCUAUGUUUUGACUACUAUUAACAAAAUUAAUACGUAAUUUUAUCAUACUUUAAAAGACAGAUAAUGUAACUGGUAAAAAAAAUAUUGCAAAGAUGAUUAAUAUUAAAAAUGUCGCAUGUUUUAAAUUUUCAAACACUCUCCUGUAAAAUUAGUAAGUUUUGAGAUUAUACAGUUUUAAUGCGAGAAGACGAUAUGUAUUUUGAUGUAUGUGGUAUGUAUUAUGCUGUCAUUAAAAUUUCGACUCCGCAAUCGAUCCCCUACAUCCUGUAUUAAAACAACUAUUAUUUUAUUUAUUAUGAAUUGAACUAAAAGAGAACAAAAUAUAACACAUCAAUUAGAUAUUCUUCUGUAGCCCUGGCAUAUUGUAGAAUGUAGAAUUGCAAAUAACAUUGACCAUAUAUUAGUUUUGACUUUAAUUAUAUUUUCUAUUAACCUUAAGGGUUUUUGAUAUAAUAUUAAACGGGCGUUUUACAUUUGUAUUUAAUUAUUUAAUUUCUUUAAAAUAUAUUAUAAAUCUAUUUUGGUUAACUUUUACUUUGGCAUAUUCGCUUUUUGUCACUCAGUAUAUUGAACGCGGCCACAACUCUGCAAGUGAGUGGUGGUUUUGUUUAGCGCUGAUGUGCACGCUAUCGAGUACAAUUAGUAGUAAUGAAAUGGUGGAUGAAAUACGUUAUAAGAGACAGUUUGUUGGCCGCUUCUCAUUUAUUGGAUCAUUCUGUGACACUCAUGAAGUGUUGUUAUCUGAAGAGAUGAUGUAUCCAUUUACUCUUGUGCCUUAAUUGAAGCGCUUACGUUAUUCGAACCCGUAUCAACAUGCUAUCCUCCGCGUUCACACAUCACGAAUAAACAUUGCAUCUUUUAACUUUUAUUCUCUCGUUAACACAAGUAUUUUAUUAAAUUAGAAAUCCUUAGUUACUUCUCGGCUCCUUUCAAUCUUUUCUGGUAGAUUUAGUAUUUGGCCAUUCAGAUUUAAACGAAAAACUUGUUUACUCUUUAACUAAAUGUAAAAAUGAUAAAUUAGGUUUCACUUCGUACGAAUAAAAAAGUAGAAAAUAGUCUUAACUCGGAUGUUUAAAACAAAAAAGUAAUAAUAUGUAAUCAAACUUCUUUUAAGAUUUCAGAAAAUAGGUGUAUAUCUACGUUCUGACGACUCAGUAUCUUUGCUCCCGAUAUGUGGUUGAGCCAGAUUAGUAUGAUGAUUACUGUUAAUCUGUAAAUAGAUUUCCAUAUUAUGAGCUUAGAAUUACAAUGUUCUCUCGCUGUAGGGAGGUAUUUUAUUAUUAAAUCCAUUUAGUAAAGAAAAAUUCAUUAACUAGUUUCACUAACUAAAUUCACUAACUUUGAAUAGGAAAAAAAAGAAAUAACAGUGUACUAAGCAGGCUUUUGUUGAAGAGUAUCCAAAUGUCUUAACUAGAGAGUCUUAAUAACUAGAGUAAAAACUAACUUUAAUAUUAUUAAAUAAUUUUUAAAUUAUUGCGGUGUCAAUAAGGUGCGAAGGUACCAGUAACUAUUAUAUAUUUUUUAAGAGAAGCCUUAGGUGGUUGUGGGAUGCGAUUAUUUUGCAAAUUCUAAUUCGUGUUAGAUAGCUUUCUGCUUAAUAAUAAAUACUAGCUUAGACUCGCGGCUUCAUCCCUGUUAAUGUUCGAAUAAUAAAAGUGUCCGUAUGGUAUAGUACUGUUUUUCUAGGUGAAAGGUAUCUCCUAUGUUAUUUUCUGUAUCCCUGAUAAAGUAUCUGUAAAUUUGCAUAAUGGUCGGUUAUGCAGUUGUUAGGAAGUGAAAGCGUAAAAAACAAACUCACUUUCGCAUUUAUAAUAUUUCUAUUGAAGUAUGGAUGCACUGAGGAUUUAUACUAAAGAAGUUUAGAUGUGCAUUCUUAUGAAAUGUUUUAUAUCCGACAGAAUAAUAUUGUUAUAUAAUGCAUCAGUAAAUCAGUUAAAGAAACAUUCGUAACAAAAAAGGAAUUUUUAAAGGUCUUUCUUAUAGCCAUAAUACGAGUAUGUUAUAAAUGAGAAAAAUAGAUUAUAUUCACAAAAAAUAUAUUGUGCAUAAAUUUUCCUUUUGUUGUUUUAAAUAAGAUAAUUCAUGUACCUAUUCGAUACAAAUAUAAAAAUACAUAAUAUACAAAGUUUUGGCUGAAGUUGGACUGCUAAAAUUACAGUAAACAGAGUUCCUAAACAGUUUUAAUUUUGGCCUGUAUCUUAUAUGCGACUUAAUAGUUGAUAAUAAUAAUUUAAGUAUAAAACGGAAGCAGGUCUUUCGUCCAAUACUUGAGUUACUUUAUGAACAUGGUACUUAUGGGCAUUGUUAACAUUAUAUGAAUAUACAUAAUAUAUUUAUGCUGAUUGUUGCUGCAUUAUUUUGGAUAGUUACUGUUCAGCUACUUGACGUAAUGUGAGUUAAUCAAGUUUUAAAAUUAAUAAUAAAUCGGUUGUGUAGUUUUGAUUUGCUAUCACGUAUCGUUUAGAUUUAUUAAUGACAAAACUGAGGAAUGAUGUUAAUGCUUUUUUAUAUUUGGACUUUUGAGGCGAGAUAGGAUGUUGUGUGUUAACAUUUUGCGCUCUGUUUGAACACGCAUCAAUGAUGAGUGUCAGUACUCCGAUGCGUAGUUUGUGCGCAGUAUGCGACCUUUAUGUAAUAAAUAUGCUUUGAUUUGGCCUUGUGUACAUACAUUUUCUUUUUGUAUCGCCUUGGAAGAUGAAAAAAGCGUGUGUAGAGGAUUACGUAAUACUUUAUGUAAGUUGUUGUUCGGAAUCUAUGGAUAGUGCAGCGAAUGUUAAAACAUUUCUUUUAGUGUUGAAAUAAGACCUACGUGUGUUUAAGAUAUCUUUUUAUUUUUAUGAAAAUGUGUUUGGCUAAUUGUUUAUGUGAUUUUAUUUUAUGUACCCAAUACGACAUGUAAACGCUUUGAAUUUGUAAUUAAGGUAUGUAAUUGCUAUUUGUUAUUUAAUGUAUCUAGUGACUACCAGCGGACUUAAAUUCGGGGAGGAUCGUAAUUAAUGUUAAUGGCGGUUUUUGGUUGCCUAAAAAUAGCUUUGACUACCAAUUACAAGAUAAAAAAUAAACCAUGAACUCAAUAAGCUAUAUAUUGAUUUCUCUUAUUAUUUAACGUAUGCCGAUGCUUUGUCAUGAAUAAUUUAAAUUUUUGUGACGUUUAAAUGUAGAUAAUGAAUUAGCCAUCUAGAGUAUAACUCUGUUACAUAUAAGCAUAACUAAUAUUAGGUAUGAAUGUUUGUAUUGUCAUGCAAGCAAUGUGAAAAAUAUUAAUUAAUAAUAACAUUUGUAAUAUGCUAUUUUAAUAAUAUAACAUUCGUUGCGUAUUCAAUAUCAGAUAGUAAAAUAUUAAAUAUAAGCUCCAAUUUUUUUUUUGCUACGAUUUAUGUUUCGUGUAUUCAUUAUAUUUCACUUUAUUAAAAACGUUGUGUUGUCGUUUUUGGACCUUACUUAUUUUUGAGCGUCAACGUGAAUCGAUAGGGCUCCAAAUUCGCACGACACGCAGUCAUUAAAUAGUGUAAAAUAAGAUAUUUUAAAUAUAAUAUAAUCUUGUACUAUCGAUGAAACAUUACAAUAAAAAAGUAAUGGAGAUUGGGGAGCAAAACUAAAAGUUGUUACACAACUAAAUCUUUGUUUAAUGAUAAUACAUGAAAUGUUGGUAAAUCGUUUAAAAUAUAAUAUUCAAUUGUUAAUUUGUGAAAUGUAUUUAGAUUUGUUCCUCAAUACAAAUGGCCAAUAAAAUUUUGAA